CGAAAUCCAUGCCCUUCAUGCUAUAUCACUUUAUUUAUUGCCUUUCCAGUCGCCACUUAUCUUCUCCACCAAGACAUAAAACAAUCGAAGAACCCACAAACUCAAACCUCUCCCUCUGUCCCUCAAUUCCCUCUGCAGAAAUUAUAAAAGAAAACCGAAAACAUGCGAACUACUGCUUCUUCAUUCACUUGCAGAUCUUCUAGCGAGAGUGUCUGCCUUGAACCUGAUGAAGAGGAAGAAGAGGAGGAUGAGGAAGAGGAUGAAGAAGAAGAGGAAGCAGAAGAUGAAGAUUUCAUUCAUCUCUCGCUGGGCCCUCCUGGCCAAAGUUGCCCUAAAAGACAUCAAUAUCCUAUGCAUAGCAACCCUACUCGAAAGGCACCGGCGCUGUGUCAUAAGAUGAACCAUCAGGACAACUUCUGUGGGGUCUCUGGUGAAGAGAACAUGGUAACAGUUGCUCUUCAUAUCGGUCCACCGAGAUCGUGUGGAGAAGGAGGCGGGGAUGGCUCAAGCAUAAUCGCUAGUCACCAUAAUAACAAUGGCCUGGUUGAUCAGGGACAAUACUGGAUCCCCUCCCCAGCGCAAAUCCUCGUAGGGCCGGCUCAGUUCUCUUGCCCUGUCUGUGCCAAGACAUUCAACCGGUACAAUAAUAUGCAGGGUUUGGAUCCUUUGGAGGACAUAAAUUUCAAGGUUUUAGCUUUCAAUCUCCCCUACAGUACAUAUAUCCGGAAGAAGAUGCACAUGUGGGGUCACGGGUCGCAGUACCGCAAAGGCCCAGAUUCACUAAAGGGCACGAAGCCAGCAUCCUCCAUGCUGAGGCUUCCCUGCUACUGCUGUGCUGAGGGUUGCAAGAACAACAUCGACCACCCCAGGUCGAGGCCACUCAAGGACUUCCGGACGCUCCAGACCCACUACAAGCGCAAGCACGGGUCCAAGCCUUUCUCGUGCCGUAAGUGUGCGAAGCCCUUCGCAGUCCGGGGGGACUGGCGGACCCAUGAAAAGAAUUGCGGGAAGCUGUGGUUCUGCAUCUGUGGGUCCGACUUCAAGCACAAGCGGUCGCUCAAGGACCACGUAAGGGCCUUCGGGGAUGGGCACGCCCCUCAUACGGUGGAGUCGUUGUGCGAGGUGGGGGAAAAAGAUUGCGUGAACAAUAACAACAAUAGUAGUUAUAUCGGGGAUGAAGAGUUCGAUUUAGGGCACGAAGUUCGUCAUGGGCCUUCUUCCAGGUUUUAUUAGUAGUAUCGCAUGUUCGUUUGAGUAGAUAGAUGUGACAUAUAACUUAUGUUUCAUUAAGGUUUGGUCGAAGUUCCAUUAAUUUGAUGAAGUUGGACUAGCCAUGGCUAGAGAGAAAGAAAGAGAGAUCAGAGAGGAUGGGGACAAAGUAAAACAGUUCGAUGAAAAGGCAGUGAUGUGUAAGCAUUUAUGUUAGAGAAGUGGCAGUUUGAUUAAUUAUUGAUGUUAAAAAGAACUUUUACCCCA